AUGGGUUCGGGCGCGCGGAUUCCCCUCCACUUCGAUUCCGACCCGAAGAUGCGAAAGGGCAAGAAGGGACUCGCGGGUCACGGGCUGUUCCUGGGAGUUAAUAUCGCACUGAAGGGCAAGAACGAAGGAAGCGGCUCGUUCCUUACUUCAGAAGCUCUGUGGAGCCUGCGCCCCCUUCGCUAUGAUGCCCAGCAACUAGUUUGA